AUGUCUCAGGCUAGAGGCGUCAAAAAGUCCAGCAACCCAGAACCCGGCAAACGCCGGACUCCUUAUGCUCUCCGCGCAUGCGAAGCCUGUCGUCGUCGCAAAGGCAAAUGCGAUGGACGUCAACCGUGUCGCCAUUGCGCAAGCCGUCACCAGAAUUGCAGCUACAACAGCAGUUUAGAAAAUAAUGAAGAUUGGCAAUCAACAGCACCAACUUUGGUUGCACCAAACAUCGCUGCACCCGAUCAACAUCCUCCAUCGAAUCAAUCAGGGCCACGUCAGACAGAUCAGAACGCAAUUGUGGAUAUGCUAUCGAGUCUACAGGCGCAAUUGAAUAGUCUUGCUGCGCAGGUCAACUCUAAUCAUCACCAAGAGACAAAUUUGCCAUCACCUGUUACCAUUAUUGAGAACGCGACAGCUACCAUCAAUCGAAUUGACGCCGAGAACGCAAACUCCAACUAUAACGAUGAUUCAGUAGAAUCGCCCAGAUCUUCAAAAACAGUUACUUCUCAAAACUUUUACGGCCCAACAUGUCCGGACUACGCACUCAACGUCGGUCAACUAAAGCUACGCCAUAGUCUUCAUCAGCGCCAAGUCCAACUAGCGAGCAUUCACGAAGACGGCGAUCCAGAUGAAGACGAACCCGAAAUACAGGAUGGCCAAUUUUCCAUGUCACCACAUACCAUCGACAAAGGCGAUCCAGCUAUGCUUCUCACAUUCCGCUCUGUCAUCGGCCUACAAGAAGCUAUACAACUUUUAUACGUUUACCAAGAGGUCGUCGGAGAGCUUCAUCCUGUUGUCGAUAUUGAUGGGCUUGUGAUGCAGACUAGAUCGUGGUACGCCGAUGCGGGAGCCGGUGUAUGGGAUGUCGUGGCUGCGAGCACAGGAGCGGAAGCGUAUGAGUUACUCUUGAUCAUGAACCUCUGUCUUGCUAUCGCGUUACGAGCGGAUUCGAAGUUGGGGAGUAUGAACACAGAGAGUUUGCUCAGAGACAGUUUUCAAGAUGCUGUCAACGCAAAGCUUGCGGCGCCCGCGAAUAGCAUCAAACAUGCUACCAUCAUAUUUCUCAAGGGCUGGUAUGACUUUUUCCAGGAUAUGCCUCGUUCGGCUUGGCGUAUGUGUGGUAUUGCAGGGCGGAUGCUAAUGGAGCUUGGACUUCAUAAUGCUGCGGUCUUCAAACAUACAUUAAAGUCAGAAGCUCAACGUACAGAAGCUUGUACUUUGGUUAGCAGUAUUGUUAUUCUCGAUCGACAGUGGAGUUAUGCGACUGGGCUACCGAUACAAUUCCACGAAACGAGCUUCAGCUCAAUCUCGACCUCAUCAGUCAAACAUCCAUACCUGAAAGCUAUGCUUUCAUUCAUCCUCAUUAGUGACCGCUUCAGUGAACCAAUUUCCAGCGCAGCAAUAGGCGAAGGUUACAAUGAUGAAAGCUCGUUUGAACUGAUGACCUUUCAGAUUGAGCAAUGGCGCAAGAAAGCUGUCGGUGAAUACUCAAUAGCGCAAUGCCACACAUGGCAAACAGAUCCGUCUACAAGACCACCAACAUGGGCCAUACUGCUGAAUCUCCGCGCCGAAUCGGUCCGAAGCCAACUCCUCAAACCGUUCUUCUUUUCGGAAUCGGAUAUCGAAAGCACGAAGAAGCAUGUCAGAGCAGCCACAGAACGAGUUUACGAUAUCAUCAAUGUCUUACACACGCUUGAUCUUACGACAGACAUUUAUAGGAAACAACACCCAUGUUAUCAACAUAUUCUCGCUUGUACAUCUGGACUUGCAUUUCUCCUCAUGGCGUUUAUCAAGCAAAACAGAAGCACCAUGCUUCCAAGUCUGACACCAGACCUGGUAGAAUCUCUGGGCGGGAGCUUCAGCAUGGCAGUUAGUCUCACAACGAAAUACACCAAUCGCUCGCGGUCAGCGCGCAGACUAGCAAAACGACUUGUCGAAAUGCGGCGCAACCUUCUCAGUCUGGGCAUUCUGAAUGCUGCGAGUCCUGGAAGUCACGAGGAACUGGACGGCGUCACGGAGUCAGUAAGACGAGCGAGUCUUGCGCAGACUGGAUUUGAGGGUGGCUAUACUGAGUAUUCGCCGCCUUUCAAUACUAAUGCUGUGUUCGGAAGCGGAAUCGAAAUGUCAGGGGUGGAUACAGAUAUGCAGAUUGGGUGGGACGAUCCGAUGAGAUUACAGUGGCCGCUGGGAGACGUGAAUCAUAUGUUUUCAGAAAGCAUAUUCUAG